ACCUGGUUACACAGCUAUUCUCACAUGUCUGAAAGUUUCAAAAUGGCGACCGUCGAAGACGAAAUUAAUAAAGAUGGGGAAGACGUUACUUUCAAAUCGCUGGGAAUUGUCGAUGUUUUGUGUGAAGCUUGCCAACAGCUGGGAUGGAAGUCACCCACAAAGAUACAAAGAGAAGCUAUUCCAGUUGCUUUACAGGGCAACGAUAUUAUUGGUUUAGCAGAAACAGGCUCUGGAAAGACAGGAGCAUUUGCUCUUCCAGUUCUUCAGAAAUUACUUGAAAAUCCACAGAGAUUGUAUGCCCUUAUUCUAACACCAACAAGAGAACUGGCAUUUCAAAUUUCUGAACAGUUUGAAGCAUUAGGAGCAACUAUUGGAGUGAAGUGUGCUGUAAUAGUUGGUGGAAUUGAUAUGAUGUCACAAGCUCUCAUGUUGGCAAAAAAGCCACAUAUUAUUAUAGCCUCACCAGGAAGGCUUAUUGAUCACCUAGAAAACACAAAAGGAUUUAACUUAAGAACUCUGAAAUAUCUGAUAAUGGAUGAAGCUGAUAGGAUAUUAAAUCUUGAUUUUGAAAAAGAGGUGGACAAGAUAUUGAAGAUAAUUCCCAGAGAGAGAAGAACAUAUUUAUACUCUGCAACUAUGACAAAAAAGGUUCAAAAGCUUCAAAGAGCUUCUUUACAAAGUCCAGUCAAAGUUGAAGUUGCAACAAAAUAUACCACUGUGGACAAGUUACAACAGAGUUAUUUGUUUAUACCAAACAAAUUUAAGGACUGUUAUCUUGUAUCUGUCCUCAAUGAACUGGCUGGAAACAGUUUCAUGGUGUUUUGCGGCACAUGUAACAAUGUGCAAAGGGUGACACUGAUGCUGAGAAAUCUUGGUCUCCAGGCGGUGCCUCUUCAUGGACAAAUGACUCAGUCAAAAAGACUUGGUGCCUUGAACAAGUUCAAGUCUAAAGACCGUUCAAUACUGAUCGCCACAGAUGUGGCCAGCAGGGGUCUGGACAUUCCACAUGUGGACGUUGUCGUUAAUUUUGAUAUACCAACUCAUUCUAAGGAUUAUAUUCACCGAGUUGGACGAACAGCCAGAGCUGGUCGGUCUGGACGCGCUAUCACGUUCGUCACUCAGUAUGACGUGGAAUUAUAUCAACGAAUCGAGCAGCUUAUAGGCAAAAAACUACCUCUCUAUCCGACAGUGGAAGAGGAAGUCAUGUUACUGAUGGAACGAGUUACGGAGGCACAGAGAUACGCUAAGAUGGAGCUCCGAGAGUUACAAGAGAAAAAGAAGAGGCCCUUGGAGGAAAGAGAAGACAGUCAGGAGAUCAGAAUGCCGAGCAAGAAAAAGAAAUUUGCUGCUGGCAAGAAAAAGGGAAAGAAAUUUAAAUAAACAAUAUUACAUAUAACGUAUUUCAUCGCGCAGGGCUCCUUUGCAUUGAGAGUGCCGCCUUGCAUCCAUCCAUUUUUCAAAAUCGCAAAAUUGUGGCAUUGAAGCAGUGGAAUCGCGAUGUUAUUGUUUGAGAACAUUCGACGAACGAAUUUCUAUCAAAACGUUGCGUGAGCCAUUAAAGCAUCAUCGUAAACUGCCACACCAACGUUGCAUGAUUUGUGAAAUUUAAUGACUUGAAAUCACAACAGUUUCAACAGUAAUAGUCGUGGAUAUGUACAUAGAAUUCCUAGCAUUUAUAUACAUUUGAAAUUUUUUACUGUUUGUCGCAGAUAUGCUUUUUUUUUUUAUGAUACUACCCUUCAGUUAUACCAAAGCUUCUUCAAACUGUUUUUUUUUUUUCAAAUCCAUUAAAUUCUCAUUCCGAUAGAAAAACGUGUUAGCGUUAAUCUUUCCCGAGUGCUGUCACUGUCACAGGAACCGUGACCCUCUUGCUUUGCUAUUUCUAGUAUUUCUCUACCAGUGUCCCGGAUAUUGAAAAGUGUAAGAGAUCCAAAAUCCAAUUAAUCCAUUUGUUCGUUCGUUAAUUCAUCUACGUAGUUAUUUUAUUCGCCUCAAACUCCUUCAUAACUGCACUCCUACUGAUUUUUGGCAUGGAUGUAAAAAUCGGUUACAAAGCUAGGUCUGUUUAAGAGAGCAAGGAAAAAAUCAAUCAAAAUUAA